GGUCAUUGCCGAGCGCAGGAAACUAGCCGCCGAUGACUGCAACGGCGGGCCGGCAGGACGUAUCCGUCCCCUUGGUAAAAUCUUUUUCGACCCUAUUCUCUCGCCUUCAAUUGUCGCGAGAUUUGUCUCCCCUUGCUCUCCCCACCUAUCAGCCAUGACGGCGGACGAGACAACGCCCCUCAUCAGCAAUGGGGAUGCGAGCACGAGCAAGAAGAAUAGCCUGGGUCCGAUAUCGCGGUGGCGUGCUGCCCUCAACGUCGAGCAUCGUAUCCUGCUGGCCGGAUUUCUGAUCACGCUCUCCUUCAGCUUCACGCAGGUCCCCAUAUUCUAUGUGUUCCACCUUAUGGUUUGCGAUGACUACUACAGCAAGCAUCCGCCAUUUGACGGGAUCGGCGAUCGCUGCGGUCUGAACCAGAUAGCCGCCGGGACGGCAGCCCAGUUCAGCAUACUUGGCAUGAGCACGACCCUCUGUGGCACGCUGAACCUCUUCAUCACGGGCAUGGUGGUCAAGAAAUACGGCCCACGCUUCGCCCUCAUCCUCCAGACUGUCGUCCCCGCGAUCCGGGUGGUCGCCCAGAUCAUCGGCGUCGCGGUCGGCGGCCGAACCGGGAUCAUCAUCAUCCAGGCGACGCAGGUGGUCACCAUCUUGGGUGGGCCGUCGGGCUACAUACUUGUGGUGAACAUCAUCGCCGGCGAGGUCGUCGAACCCGCCCGCCGAACCAGCGUCUUUGGGAAGCUGCAGGGGACCCUCAUGGUGGCCCAGGGCAUUGGGUUUCUGACUGGUGGCAUGAUUGGUGACGCCUUUGGCGUCCAGCGGCCGUUCGAUGUCGCCUUCUUCUCCUUCUUUGUUGCGGCCAAUUACGUCCGAGUUUCACUGCCGUAUAUCUCGCCCGAGUCCAUGUCCGACGGCAAGAACCCCGCAAGAGGAGGCAUCUCGGGCUUCUUGGCUCCGCUGAAGGUGCUCGGGCCCCAGAAGCUGCGCCUUCGGAGUGGUGCGCUCAAAAAUCACUAUGGGGUUUUGUUUCUCUGCUGCGGCGUCUUUCUCGGUGUGCUGGCGACGGACUACGUGGCGCUCCUGAUUCAGAUGUACGCGACGGCGUCGUUCGGAUUCACCCAGGGCGACAACGGCUGGCUCAUGUCCGAGUUCGCGUUCAUGCGCGGCCUGUUCCUGAUAGGCAUCUUCCCGCCGGUGAUUUCCUGGGGUCGGAAGUGGUUCCAGUCGAGGGGAUCAGGGAAAGAUAUCAAGGAACCGGAGCCCGAAAAUCCGGCGACGGCGAUUCCGACUUCUCCACAGCAGCUCGACGUGCCGACGGUGUCCCAGAUCGAAGGGGAACCGGUGACGCUCGAGUCUGCGCAUGAUCGGGAAUCCUGCGCCUUUGACCUCUUCUUCCUCCGCUGGAGUCUCUUUGUGGACGGGGCCCUAACGACAAUAGCGGCCUUUGCUACUACCAAGUGGCAUAUCUAUCUUGCUGCGUUCUUGCUGCCGUUUGGGUCCGGCUCCGCGCCUGCUGCGAAGGGAGUCAUCACCGAGAUGUGCCCGUCGUCGCAGCGGGCCGACGCGCUCAACGCCAUCACGCUCGUCGAGAAUAUUGCCAGGUUGAUGACCAUGGGUCUCUUCGGCUUCAUCUUUGCGGCCCUGGCAGACAUAGGGAAGGCUUACAUCACCUUCUUUUGCAAUGCUGCGGUUGCUGUCUUGGGAAUGGGUGUUCUCCUGUUCUCCCAUUUCCCGCCCCAUGGGAGCUCUCUGGUUGAAGAAGCUGCGGAAGGGAGUGGCGAGACAGUGGAUUCUGAGUCUAGCGGCGAAUGAGGGUUGUCACUGGCCGAUGAGAUAGAAAAGUAUUAUACCAUGUACAUAGCCGUGAAUGCAACA